AGUCGAAUUCUAGUCGACUAUUGAUCCAUUGUAACAAUGCUGAAAGCAAUCACAGUACUCGCUGUCGUCUUGGCCCUGGCCAGCGCCGAGCUCCAUCGCGUUCCCAUCCUGAAGCACGAGAACUUCGUGAAGACCCGCGGAAACGUCAAGGCUGAGCUCUCGCAUCUGCGCGCCAAAUAUGGUCUGCCCACUGGCAUCCGCGCUGUCACCGACGAGGAGCUGUCCAACUCGAUGAACAUGGCUUACUACGGUGCCAUCACCAUUGGCACACCUCCUCAGAGCUUCGAGGUGCUGUUCGAUUCGGGAUCCUCCAAUCUGUGGGUGCCUUCGAACACUUGCACCAGCACUGCCUGCGAAGUGCACAAUCAGUAUGACUCGAGUGCCUCAUCCACCUAUCAAUCCAAUGGCGAGAGCUUCUCCAUUCAGUAUGGCACCGGCAGUCUGUCCGGUUUCCUGUCCACCGAUACCGUUGAUAUCAAUGGACUGUCUGUUACUAGCCAAACCUUUGCCGAGGCCACCGAUGAGCCGGGCACCAACUUCAACAAUGCCAACUUUGAUGGUAUUUUGGGCAUGGGUUAUCAGACAAUUUCUCAGGAUGAUGUUGUGCCAGUGUUCUACAACAUGGUCUCGCAGGGUCUGGUUGAUCAGUCCGUCUUCUCAUUCUAUCUUGCACGCGCUGGUACCUCCACCACCGAUGGUGGUGAGCUGAUCUUUGGCGGAUCCGACUCAUCACUGUACAGCGGCGACUUAACCUAUGUGCCCGUCUCCCAGGAGGGCUACUGGCAGUUUACCAUGGAUAGUGCCACUGCUGACGGUAACUCGUUGUGCGAUGAUUGCCAGGCUAUUGCCGAUACUGGCACCUCUCUGAUUGUGGCACCAGCCAAUGCCUACGAGCUCCUCAAUGAGAUCCUUAACGUCGAUGAUGAGGGUCUGGUCGACUGCUCCACGAUUAGCUCCCUGCCCGUGAUCACCUUCAACAUUGGUGGCACCAACUUCGAUCUGAGCCCCUCGGCCUACAUCAUUCAGUCGGAUGGAGAGUGUCAGUCGAGCUUCCAGUAUAUGGGCACCGAUUUCUGGAUCUUGGGCGAUGUCUUCAUUGGCCAAUACUACACCGAGUUCGAUUUGGGCAACAAUCGCGUUGGUUUCGCUCCAGUCGCCUAAGCAGCACCUUAACAUUUGUGUGAAAGCAAAUAAAGUAAUGAUUUCAUACAGCAAGAUAUUGAUAAA